CUUUAGCAUCUUUAGAUCAAUAAUAAAUCUGACACAUCAUCAAAGGAGAGAAAACAACUCAGGUAAACUGUGAAAACAACAACUUCUUUCCGGUCGAGUGGAACUGGUACCAGUUUGUGUGUGAGGUGGGGUCACCUGGACCUGAGGACACCUGGACAGGUCAGUGCAGGAAUGGAUCUUUUGAUUGUAAAAGCUCCAGAACUUUGCCCUGGACCAACGAGCCUCUCAUGUUUUCCUUCAACCACCAGAGGGUUCUGUUGGACCGGAUGAUGCUGAAUCUAAACUGACAUCAUUAUGUUUAUCUAAAGAUCCAAAAGGAGCCCAUCUGGGUCUGUUCGCACCCAGAACCAGACCUGUCCCUCUAGACCAACGAGGUCCGGGUACCCUCAGUCCAGCAUGUGUAAAAAGAGACAAACAUCUGUCCUUUAGGGCUCAGGGUUCUGGCCCAACAGCGCCCUCUGGUGGUUGGCUCAUGUUUCUACAGCAGAGUUUUCUGGGCUGAAUGUUUCCAGAUGUUUGCACCUUUUUUAAGAAAGGUAAUUUAAAAAUAAAGUAAUUUUAGUAAUUUUGUGAUUUAAUUGUUGUAAAAAACCAACAUCAGGUCAUAAAUCUGUUCCUGUUUUUGUUUUCUAGUUCAACAUGGAGCUGGAAACAUUUCUGCCCUUAAUGCUCGUAUUUCCUACGAGCCCUGAAGGCAGCACAUGUGCAGUUUGUUCUUGUGGGUCAGACAGAACCAAAAAAAGGAUUUGAAUUUUCCAUUUUCUCUCUCUGCAGAAGCAGAUUCCUCCUCCUCAGCUCCUCUUCAGAUCUUUGGAAACUUUAAGGACAGAUUCAGUUUUUGAGGAGAAGCUCCAGAUGACUGAUCUGUUCCACCUCUGCUGCUGAAAACUGAUGUCUGAAGAUGGAAACACCUGAUGGACAGCUGCAGGUACCAGUUUCCACGGACCUCUGAAGAUGCUGAGGAAGGUGUUGGUGAUGAUGAUGAGGAGGAUCCUCCACGUGCGUGGGGAUGUGAUGUGCACGUUAGUUCUUCUUCUUCUGCUCUGCCUCCUGCUCUACUGCCAGCAGCUUCUUCUCUCCUCAGGAUGGAGCAAACCACAGCUGAAGCUGGAGAUCCACGGCUCCACCAGCUCCAGCCGGACCCUGCUGGGGGCCAGGGGGGCCAAACGAGGCCAGGAGGCUCAGAAGGUCCCGUCAGACCCACAGCUGCCUCACUGUAAACCUGGACCAGACCGUGAACCUUCAGGUCCUGAAUCCAGACCUCAGACCCGGUCCACGCAGACCCGGUCCAGAUCCAAAUCCAAAAAGAAGAAGGCCGCAGGAACAAAGACAGCUAAAAUCGCGCCGCCGGCACCGACAACGCCGCCUUUUGACUUUGAAGGUUACCUGAGGGAAAAGGACAAGAGGACCUUUCAGCUGCUGGUGGACCAGCCGAAGAAAUGUGACAUCAGAGAGGAGGAGGAGGAGGAGGAGGAGGGAGGAAGAAGAGGAGGAGGAAGAGGAGGAAGCAGCUCUGCUCCGUACCUGCUGAUCGCUGUGAAGUCCACAGCUGCAGAUUUUGACAAACGACAGGUGGUCCGACAGACGUGGGGCAAGGAGGGGGUCUUCCAGUCCGGGGUAUCCAUCCGGACCGUCUUCUUGCUGGGGAUCCCCAGGAACCGCAGCGCUCUGCCUCUGUGGGACCGGCUCCUGGCCUACGAGAGCCGGAUCUUCAGGGACAUCCUGGUCUGGGACUUUGAAGACACCUUCUUCAACCUGACCCUGAAGGAGACCCACUUCCUGGACUGGGUCAACAGCAGCUGUCCUCACGUGAGGUUCGUCUUCAAGGGAGACGCUGACGUUUACGUCAACGUGGAAAACAUCCUGGAGAUGCUGCGAGGCCGAGACCCGGAGGAGGAUCUGUUCAUGGGGGACAUCAUCGUCCGAGCCAAACCCAUCCGCCGCCGAAACUCCAAAUAUUACGUUCCUGAGUUCCUGUACGGCGGCGCUCUGUACCCCGACUACGCCGGAGGAGGGGGCUUUGUGAUGUCGGGACACACGGCCCGGAGGCUGGGCUCGGCCUGUCGACAGGUGGAGCUGUUCCCGAUUGACGACGUCUUCCUGGGGAUGUGCCUCCAGCUGAUCGGCGUCAAGGCUUCCCGCCACCAGGGCUUCCGGACCUUUGGGAUCCCCCGGCCGUCGGCGGCGCCCCACCUCCAGACGUUCGACCCUUGUUUCUACAAGGAGCUCAUGGUGGUCCACAGCCUCAGCGUCCCGCAGAUCUGGCUCAUGUGGAACCUCCUGCGGGACCCCAAACUGAGCUGCCACAACCGGCCCAGCCCCAGGUCCGGACCCUUCCAGUGGAGGACGGAGGACGAUUACGGUGAAAAGACGGUGUUUGUGGGUCAUUAGGACGGAGCUGGCGUGUCGAGUUUAUCGAACCAAGAUGGCCGAUGAUCUGGAGGGAAAUGAGUCCUCAAAGAAAUCUGCUCUGGAUUACUGAGACAGGAAGCCAGAUGUUUAGGUCUGGAGUUCAACUUUAACAAGGUGAGAAGAAGAAAUGAGCUUCCACAGAGUGGUUGGGAUGUAACAUAAAAUGAAACAGAUUAUAAUCUCAAACUUUAUUUAUUCACCAUAUUUUAUGUCAGCAAGCUGUGAACGUAAGUGGAAUAUAUAAAAUGAUUUGAUUCAGCUUCAGGAGUCGAUACAGAAUAAAGAUUCAACAGAAAAUGAA